AUGAAUAUACAUUCAUGCUUACCUUUUUUUAGUAAAAAAAUGACAAACCUAGUCAAAACCCCAGCGAUGGUACUUCAAGAACUAGCCAUAAAGAAAGGUUUUCCACCACCUCAUUAUGAAAUUAUUCAUAGUGUCUCUGGAAGUCAUAAUAAUAGAUUUGAUUAUAGAGUAAGAGUAGCUGGAGUGGAAGCAAUUGGUACUGGCAGUUCAAAACAGAUUAGUAAACAUGACGCUGCAUAUCACGCAUUAAAAAUGUUAGAAGAGGAUGGUAUUUAUGACCCAAAAGAACUACCUAUGAAGGAAUUUAAUGCCUCUAUUAUUCAAAAACAAAAUGAUUUACCACCUGGUAUUCCCAUAUCUGCAUCUGUUAACUUCGUAGCCCCAUUGAAAGACAUUUGUGCUGAAAAGAAAAUUCAAGAUCCAGUGUUUACGGAACUAUCAGAUGUUGGACCACCACAUUGUAGAGAAUUCACCUAUGAAUGUGGCAUAGGAUCUGUUAAAACUGUUGCGACUAGCACGACAAAAAAGAUGGCGAAACAACUAGCUGCGAGAGAAAUGUUGGAAAGGUUAACCGAUAUUCUACAGAAUUUAGUAAUAGAUGCUCCUAGAAAGGAAGAAUUACAACAAUUACCAUCUACAGAAAAAAAUCAUGAAAUUCUCGAACGUUACAAUAAUUUAUUCGGAUCAGUUAUACCGGAUAAAAAAGGAAAAAUAAAGGAUUUCACGUACGUUUUCAGCGAGCUGUUAAAAAAAAUUGAAAAAACCAGAAAAGAUUUUGUUCAAGAUCUAUGUGAGCGGACAGAAGACUCUCUAGUCAGAAUUUUAAACGAAAUGGAACUACAGCAUGAUAUAAUUGUGAUACAAGAAGAAUCCCCAUUUAUUGUAACUUUAUGUAUCAAUACUGAUGUAUCAUUUACUACAAUGGGUCUUGGAUUAACUUUAGAAGAGGCAAAAGAUGACGCGCUUCAGCAGACAUUCAUGAUGCUUGAUUGCUAUAUUGAAGAAUAG